AUGGUCUACGUUAUUGACAGCAAAAGAGGACAAAACCAGCAGAGAAGCUGGGGUGGAAGUGGUAGCAAAGGCAGUGAAGCGAUGCUCCAGCACAACAUCUCUUCCGACUCAAUGUCGUCGAAGACGAUGCGAGGCGGCCAAGGAUUCGGCUCGGGAGGUGGCAGCGGAUCCGUACUCAUCCAAUAUCUCGUCAUAAAGAGUUAUGGAGGCCGGGGUGGAGGAUUUGGAAAUCUGAACGUCUGAGCGCUUCAUUCAACU